GUCAUCCACGAGCAUUUCAAUCAGUCGCACCAGCAACAACGAAAACCACAACAAUGGCCGCCAAGGUAAAUCGCCGAGCCAGACUCCGUAUCAAUAUCUUUACCGUAUCCGAACGGACCUGACGACCUGGCCGGCCCGUCACGGUCGCCGGGCUUUCCUUUCCUUUUCUUUUUUUUUUUCUGUUCGGUCGUCACUGCCGUUCGCCGGUCUAUUUUACCCUGUUUUUUAUUUAUUUAUUUUUUUUUUUUUUAUUUACAGAUGAUCGUAUUCGCCGCCCUCGCGGUCUCAGCCCUCGCCCAAUACCCGGCCCCGGCCUACAAACCCGCCUACCCAGCACCGAAAGCCUACGCUCCGGAACCCGCAUACGCCCCGGCCCCGUACAGCUUCGAAUACAGCGUAAACGACCCGUCCACCUACGACGUCAAGAGCCAAUCGGAAUACGCCGACGGCAACGGUUACGUCAAGGGUACAUACAGCCUGGUCGAACCCGACGGUUCCACCCGCGUCGUCGAAUACACCGCUGACGACUACAACGGUUUCAACGCCGAAGUCAAGAAAAUCGACGGUGGAUACAAGGCCCCGUACAGCGCCCCGGCCCCAGCCUACAAAGCCGCCCCGGCCUACAAACCAGCCUACCCAGCACCGGCUUACCCAGCACCCGCUUACCCAGCACCCGCCUACAAACCAGCCCCAUACAAGCCAUACUAAUUUUCUCAAACAACUUAUCCCCCCACGGCGUCACCGGAUCCACCGCCGGUUGACCGGCCGACAACAUCCCGAGCAUGAACAUCCUGUAUAAACGCUCGUGUAUAUUUAUUUAUGUAAAUAAAAUAUAGUUAAAUAUAUUUAUUAUUUAUAUCCAUUGAAAA